AUGAAGGAUUAUGAGGAAACCAUCACCUUUUUGGGAGAAUGGGGUCAUUUUCAAAGAAUGGUUUUCUUUGUCUUGAGUCUGAGUUACAUGAACAAUGGAUACAUGUCCCUAUCAAUGGUCUUCGUGGCGGAUACUCCUCCUCAUCACUGCAGAGUUCCAUCCCUGAACAGGAGCUAUGGAGGACUGGGCUACAAUCUGUCCAUCCCGACUGAGGAGCUGAAAGGGGAGACCAUCCUGAGUCGCUGCAGACGCUACACUGAACAGGAAGACUCUGACUCUGUCUACAGAAAUGACACAGAGGACUGUCUGGAUGGCUGGGUGUUCAGCAAGGACAGAUAUGAGUCCACUAUUGUCACUGAGUGGAAUCUGGUGUGUGAUGAUGCAUGGAAGGCUCCCUUUAUAUUGACUGUGUUCUUCUUUGGAAUGUUGGUUGGAUCCUUUGGUUCAGGACUUUUGUCAGACAGGUAUGGCAGGAAGACCCUAUUUGUUUCUGCAAAGACCCUGCAGAUUGUUCUCAGCUUACUCCUGGCUUUCUCUAACAGCUGGGAAAUGUUCUGUGUGGUUUACUUUGUCAUUGGACUAAUGACUAUCUCCAGUUCCUGUAGUUGCUUUGUACUUGGCUCAGAGCUCCUCAGUAAAUCAGCACGUGAGAGUUUUGGGAUCCUGGGUUUCGGUCUGUGCUAUGCCACUGGCUAUACCAUCCUGCCACUCUUUGCAUACUUCAUUCGGGAUCGGAGGACACUGCAGAUAGGACUGUCUCUAGUGGGGUUUCUAUAUAUUCCCUUCUUUUGGUUCAUCCCAGAGUCCCCCCACUGGCUCAUCACUCAGGGCCGGUUGCAGGAGGCAGAGGCCAUCAUUCGAGCUGCUGCCAAGAGGAACGGCAUCACGCCACCAGAGGACAUCUUCCAACUGGGGCUCACCUCAGACACGAAUGCCUUGGAAACUGAGUACAAAUCCAGUGGUCAGGACAAGUACACUUGGCUGGAUCUUGUCAAAACCACAAAUUUGAGGAACAUCACACUUAUAGUCGCCACCAUUUGGAUAACUGUAUCCCUCACAUACUAUGGCCUGUCCUUUAACACCUCCAAUCUGGAUGGGGAUCCUUAUCGCAACUGCCUCAUUUCUGCUGCCACAGAAUUCCUUGGUUACACCAUGGUGUGGUUAUCUACUCGCUAUGCUCCUCGCCGGUUCGUUCUGCCAUUCGCACUUGUUCUCGGAGGGGCUUUGCUGCUGCUCAUCCAGCUUGUGCCUGAAGAGCUCAGUGGAUUGACCGUCACCUUGGCAAUGACUGGAAGACUGAUUGUGACCGGAAUUUAUGUAUUCAUCUAUGUGUAUUCUGCGGAACUGUUUCCCACCGUUGUGCGGAAUAUGGGAUUGGGUGUCAGCUCAAUGUCUGCCAGAAUUGGAAGUGGUGUCUCGCCAUACAUAGCCCAUAUCGGUACAUAUAACAAGAUGCUACCCUUUCUUCUGAUGGGCACAAUCUCUAUAUUCUCUGGCGUUUUGAGUCUGUUGCUACCAGAGACUAAAAAUGAAAAACUUCCACAACUCAUUGGCCAAGUUAAACCUCUACGGUGUUGCUGUAACAAGAAGAGUUCUGUUCAAACAAACAGUCUGGAGGGGGCCAUCUGAGGGAUGAAGAGACAAUGGCAAAAACAAGAAGACGAGAGGCUGCCACCACCGAAUUUUGUCAAGACAUUUUUGGGCACAUUUCACACUGACGUCUGUGUGUAACAUCUGUGGAACUUGCAAGCAGGGCCAUCGCGAUACAUACGAACAGUAUGCAGAGCGCUGUAGUUAUCUUUAGAUGCAUGUAUAUGUAGGCCUACUGUAUGUGUGUAUAUAUUUAUAUGUAUAUUUGCAUAUUUGCAGUUUUUCUGGUCUUAUUGGCAUGUGUGUCAGUAAAAUAAACAUUGU